AUGCCGCCUUUCGCCGCCGAACUCGAAGAGUGGUGGCUGGGCAGUGGGUAUGAAGCUCUCACUCGCCUGACAGACAACGAGGAUGAUCAACUCAGCCCUCGCCAAUGCGGGUUUGCCCGGGAUUUACAGCGCCGACUCUUAUCAUUCGACAACGACCGGGCUCUUCAGGCCGAAAUCCAGGAAGCGUGGCCCGCCAUUCGUACUGCCAGAGGUAUUGACUACAGCGCAAAUCUUCGAGACAAGGUAAAGGACAUGGUCCGCAACGUCUUCCGACGGCCCGAGGAUGGGGGAAUCGAUUCUGCUCGCGUCAUGGAUGCGCUGGGGUACCUGGAUGCGAUGGAAAUUGAUCGUCUGCGUCGUGUCGAAACUGCAAAAGCUGCAGUAGAGGCUCAGCGCACCCGCGUGAUUGAAGCAAAAAAGUCUGGACUGGAGGUUCCUCCCGUCAAUGAUACUCAUCCUCAUAUUCUUGAAGAACUUGAUCGUACAACUUCUGCCAAGUACAAGCGAUUUCACGCCGGUUUCCGAAGUUGGAUACUCAUCAAAGAACUGACCCAGGAUGCCGACCUGCGAAAGGAGAUACCCCAGAUCAUGGCACUACUCAACGCCCUCUUUCCGCCGGCUGUAUUCCUCGAGGAUCAAGAUGAUCGAGACCCGACCCCGUAUUCGCCAGGCCUUCGCGAUAGCAUUCGCUUCGCCGUCUUCGAGCAUUUGAUGUCGCAGGAUCCCUUUUCCCAGCAACGCCAACAGGUCAUUCAAAUGAAAUUGCUCUGCUGGUGCGACAUUCCCCAAUACCCCCAGGCCAGAGAGGCUCUCGUCCGAUACCACGAAGAAACCAAGAAGCUGGGAGAAAUCUGCUCAUCGAUCCUGAAUGCCGCUGGAGAGACCAUCCCAAGACAAAGACCGCCCAGUGAUGUACCGACUGAAGCAACAUCUGCCGAAUCUUCUUCUUUGAAAUCACGCGCAAGCACCGCGCACAACUCUUGGCAAAUCCUCAGCAGUUCCCCUCGCACGCAGAGCUUUGAAGAAACCUUCAGCGCCACUUCUUCAUUUGAUGCCAGGCGAUCUGGUUUGGCAUCACCAUUAGCAUCACCCGUUCCAUCCUCAGCACCUCCGGUCCCCAAUCCCCUUCUCAAAGGUAUGCCUGGUCGCGAGUUUUCCCCCGCCAAGACAGACGGUGCUAGAUUUGCUGGAGAUUUGCAUGCUCCUCCUAUUCUCUGCUAUCCCGACGAUAUCUCGAAAACAGAGUUCCUUCAGCACCCCCUCGCACGCGACGAGGAUGACGAAGAUGAUGGGAAUGAGCCCGACCACAAAAAGAAUCCGCCGCCUACCAGUAAGACCCCGGCCAAGAAAGGAAAGCGUUCCAAGACGAAAGAACCCGCAUCUCCUGCUCCUCCUAUCCCCCCGAUUCCGGAUUCUGUUCUAAGCACAACCGCGACACCCAAGGUCCUGCAAAAGUUUCUCAAGCACAUGAUUUCUCGGUCAGAACUGAAACAAGGGAUGGUUAUCGACCCGGCUUCUCUUCAGGCAAUUGCUGAGAAUGCGAGUGUCCCUCUUCCAAGCGGAUCGGCCUCUACGAAGAGCCGACGAGUAUUCAAAACCGAAAUCUUUCGUCACAAUACAAGUUCGGGCGUGGAUGCUUUGGGUUCGAACUCAGGUCACGACAUGGAGGUUAUACGCCCCCUUCUAAAAACUGUAUCAACAACACAAUCUUGCUUUGAUGAGGAUUCUCUUCUAGAAGUUGAGCCGCUCACGGAAGCGAUCGAGGAUGUCUCAGAGGAUCAACUUCUACCUGACAUUGUCUCGCCGACAGUUCAGACACAACAAGACGACACUGAUGUGAGAUAUGAGCUGGACAAGCCCCGUCUUUCGCCUAUGGAAUACACGCGACUAUAUUUGAUCGAAAAGGUCAACUCUGAGAGAGAAAACCGGCCCUGCGAGCUCCCUCGACCUGGUAAACGAUGUUACUGGUCGGUUCGUGGGGAGACAUUCCUCGUCAUUCCCCAGAUACCUGACUGUAUUCGGCGAGAACUGGCGUCUGGGGACGAUGCCAACCGUGAGGGGUCUGGAGGCGGAACUGAACCUGGGUCUGAUACAGAGUCAGUGGCAACGGUCAGGCCAGAGCCCCCAAGUGUUAACUUUCCGCGCUUGUCGCUCCAUCUUGGCGAUAUGCGGGGUCUUCUUUUGGAUAUUCCAUUCGCCAACAUUGGAAACGAGACGAACUUGUCCGAAACAAACGCCCUUCAAGAGGCGAGCCUUGAGGCCAAUGUCGAUGUACAGGACGGGCUGGACCCAACUUACCCCCAACAGCAUGCUGUUACCGAUUUAGAGACUGAUAGACUGUCAUGUUAUGAAACGAAGCUGGAAGAUGGGAGCAAGUUGCUUCUCUCAAUGACACCUGAUCAAGCUCCUGAGAGCAGUAUCAGCGAUGACGACGACGAUAUGAUGACAGGAGAGACGCCUCCUGAACAAUUUUUGGUAGAUCCAACAGAUUUCAAUGUUGGUUCGAGUCGAAAACUCCAAGAUCAAUCAGAGCCUUCGUUCCAAACGCCCAAGAUCUGUGUCGAAACGUCACAUCUCGCAGAAGAACCAGAAGGACAGCUCGGACGACUGCAAAAUGGCUUUCAAGAUCGCCCCCUUUCACCGGAAACCUCGAGAUUGCACGCUGGAGGUUUACUUACUUCGGACUAUGCGACACCAAAAGCCAAAGGCAAAGCGGUCGAAUACAACGCCUACGCAAUUACAUCGACCGUCACACAAAGCCCCCUUGCACGUUUCCCAAUUGCUGUUCAACCAGGCCAGCGUUUGACACCUGGAACCCUCACACGACGGGUCAUCGGAGCUGCUGGUGGGCAGAUCUGUGUAGAGGACUCUCACCAGGCCCAGCUAGUUCAUAGUCUCGAUGACAAGCUGCCUCAGGGGCUCUCAGCGGAUUUAUGGGAUGAUGAUGCCGAAUCAAUGAUAUCAGCUCUUCAGCCAGAGCCUUUGAAGAUCAACCGACCCAAGCCCCAGGACAAGGAAGAAGGCGAUCGUCGAUGGUCAGGACUCUUUGAUGCCUUGACUGGGGAUGUGUCUCCAGAGAUUGGCAUCCUUGGAGUGGGUGCUUUGCACGACCGUGAGCGCGAAUCUGAUGAAAUGGCAGAGGAAAGCCGUAUGAUGGCAGAAAAAGACCAGACAGUCCGGAGACUACAGCGUCAGCUACGCAGCCAUCUAGACCCGAAUCUGUCACCGGAACGGAGUCUUCAGCGCUCAUCAUCCACCCUCAUAACCCCGACACAGCCUCGGAGAAACGUGGAUCGCAAGGCCUUGUUCAACAUAGAGCCGCAAGUAGGGCACUCGGGCUUCACUCCAGAGCAUAAUGAAGAGGAACCGACGGGGGGGACGUUUCCUCGGUCGAGAAUGAUGCUGAACCUCAGGGACACCCAGGCGCGCCUCCGAUACCCCUUACGAGAGCUAAACGAGGCCCAGCUCAGCAGAAGCCAUGAUAACGCACCCCCGGCGAUAAGGCGUCUCCCUGACGUGCCGAACCGCCAUCAACAAAGGGCAGCCCUCAGGGAUCUGGAAAGGGCCGUUACGGCUACCCCACGAAGGGCCUUGAAGUUCCCCCGCGAGAGCAUCGACGGGCCUGAAGGUUCUAACGACGUUUCUAGAUGGUCAGACUCGACUGAAAGCUCGGGCUGGUCACAAGUCACGGCGGAGAAGGACGAUGACGAGCCUUAUCCUUCAACUACGACACGGGAUUUCUCUCAGUCGACCAAACUCAAGAAGCAACGGCCAAACCAGAAGUCUGUGCCCGUCGACACCCCCCGUCCCUCGACUCGGCAGGGUGAUGCCUCAGCUGGAGCUUCAUCCUCGGUGCCCGUCGACAAAGAAGCGGCCACAGUCAUCUGCGAGACCCCGACUCCGGACGAGCCAAGCAGCACCCCUAUGCCGCGAACACCAUCCUCCGCCAUCAGCAGCCUCUUCCGCAAACGUGUUCGGUCCGAGCAUGGUAAUCCCGCAACUCCUCGAACGCCAGUGACCCCACGCACGCACUGGCGUCCGUUUGACGACCCGGAUCCCCAGCUUCCUUGUUCCUCGCCGUGGCUAUCAGGGCAACGUGAGGACAAGCGAGAGAAGGAGGCAAGGGCGGCGUACUUCCGGGAAAAGGCAGAACGGGAUCUUGAGGGUAAACCAUCACUGAAGAAGUCAAGCCGCAAGGGUUCUUUUGGGAGUAUCAGGAGCAGGGGGGAAAUCAAACGGAAGAGCCUUGGUCUCGAUCGCCGACAGAGUAUGGAGAGUCUUGUUGGCUGGAAAAGCUUCAUCGAAGACGCCCCCGAGCCGCUCUUCUCAUCCCCCCUACCUCCAGUGCCGCCUCUCCCAACGCCAUCCCAGCUCAACCUCACUCUCAACCGCCUGGAUCAAGCACAGGCACAGGCACCGCUCCGGGUCGCCUCCGCGGUCGAAGCCUCUGCUGCUGCCGCUGCCGCUGCGUAUCGCUCCAAGAAGCCGCAGGGGCUCAAGGUGGAGACACGAAAGCUCCGCAAGGCAAGCCGGGAUGAGCUGCGGGGAACACGGACACCGAGCGGCACGACGACGGCGACUGCGACCAGCGGGAGCAGUGGAGGAGGUCUCAGGACGGCCUUGCGCCUUGAUGGGAGAAAGUUGAGCUCUGGACGAGCGGCGGUGGACGAAGGAGAGAGGCUGGUGGAUAGGAGAGAAGAUGAGGUUGUAUCGAGACGCAGAUGA